UCUUUCAUGCAAAAGCUAUAAAACUUUUGAGAUACAUGGUCUGUUUUUAUGGCUUUACCCUAAAUAUUUCAUACCAUUGAUGAUCUAUUAGAUGACUUCUGGUUUAUUCAUUGCCAAUCCAUUUGCAAAGGUUAAUACAGGCUUGUCAAACAGAGCUUUCUAAUAUCUUGGCAGUGUCCUCUCUUCAUAUUUCAUAAUGCUGAUUUAAUUAUUAACAUGUGAUAUUGUGUGUUUGUGGCCCUGCUACCUGAUAACUACUGGUACCUGAUGGAUGUGGACAUGACAGGGGGGUUAUACUCCACUUCACCUAGCAGCAAUGUACGGCCAUGACCAUAUUGUCAAGCUCCUCAUUGAUGCAUAUGAUGCCGAUGUCACAAUACGAGACUACAGCGGACGGAGACCAGGACAGCGCCUGCGGCCUGGGUCCUCCACAAAUGUGGACGAAGUCGUUCAACAAAAGCUGCAUGUGGCAUCAAAACAGUUCAAGUGGGCUCGUGGCAGAACCCAGCAGAGGAAGUCAUCUGUACCGGCCAUAUUCCAGAGGGGCCUGUCCAGGGACACCAUCUUUGCUCAGGCGGGCAAGACCCCACCCUCCACACCUGAGACCACGCCCCCCGUCCUCAGGAAAGACUCUUCCCCCAGGCUGCUUCGCAGGGCAUCUGCCUCGAAGGUCAUGCCACCGCCAAAGUUCCCCGCACCAAAGACCAAGAAGAAGGAUAAGAAGGACAAGAAAUCCAGGGGUCUGCGGAAGGCUGAAUCUGACCCUGACGUGACCGGUGGGUUUGCGUAGCAAUCACGACAAUGGGCAGUUUUAACCUUCAGUGGUCAACAUGCACAUUUUACUUCCAAGUACACUCUAUGCAUCAUGCGUAUUUUAAGUAGGUAAAAGAAUAUA